GACUGGCACAGCUGCGCACCACGUGAACCUGGCUUCAACCUGCAUCCACGUGUCCUCACUCUCUAGGUCACCUCGUCGGCUUAGGGCCAAGGCGAGGACCGCCCGACCGUGCCUGCCUGCCUGCCAACUUUAUUGGAGUGAUGACGGUCGGUUGCGCUCCGCGAUGCAGCAUACUUGAAAUGUACGUUCACUUUCAUUUGUGUCUCUUGUAUGGGGAGAAUGCCAAACUCAAACUAGGUUAAUCACACGUAGUCAGUUUCACGAUAAUCAAUUUCAUGAUUGACGUUGGUCAUUAUUCAUCGUUACAUGAACGUGUCACAACUACAAUGUGCAAAGUACAUGCGAGCCACUCGUGUCGCCCAGCCACACUCGCGUCACCGUAACAUUGCUACACUAUGAUGCUUCAAAAUGCUCUACUUCCAUGUUCACUUUCACCAGAUACACUAUCAUUUAUCACCAACUACGGACAAGAAUCCCGAGUGUGUUAUGAUGCUGAGACAACACUCAAGGACGUCAUUCCCAGCUGCACCAUUGCACCACCUGUUAGCCGCCACUCGCAUGCCAAGUAUGCAUUACACGCCUGCCGCCCUAGCAGCCAACAACCACCGCGCGUCACUUGAAGCUUACAAGAGCUGGUUGUUGCCGCCAGUAGGACACGCAUUACUCCUGUGCACCAUCAGGGACAGUGACCCAUGCCGUUCCGCCUCUCCUCCCUCCAAGCUAGUCUGCAUGGUUGCCCGUCAAGACAGCAAGGCCUGGGCGGCCCUGACUCACCAAGUAACAGGAUCCACCAUCCACACCCCCACAACCCGCCGGAACUAAGACACCAACAUAUGAGCACACGAGCACCUAAACGUGCGCACUCAUGCACAGCAAUACAACAAAUAUUAAAGUACGUAUGAAAAAGUUUAAUCUUGCUAUCAAACAUGGUAUAUUUUUGCGCCCGCUCCCCCACACACACACGUAAUGCGCUCUCUUUACAUGCACACCUCGCCUUCACACACCAAUAACAGCAAGCGAAGGCUACAGUAGAAAGCAUUCCCUUCUCCAAUGCCAACAAAGAAAAAAAGUAUUGCAAGUGUUAACAUCAGUGAACUUAACUGUGCAGUCAUAACAAUGCGACAUCAGCUCCCAUGACAGUGACAGGUAGGAAAGAAGUGUCUGUAUCACCUGUUAAGACAUACAAUUCGAAUACAAGCAGCAGAAGCAGCAGAACGUUUCCAAGACAUCAAGAUACACUUCUCACACCUGUCAAUGAGGGUCGUUGUAUCUACUCGUACUGGCGUGCACCAGGAGGCGGCUCGUGGCACGCUGACAAGGUGGCCCGCC